CCUCUCCUCUCCUCCUCCAGACUAUAGGCCUAUGAACUCCAGUCAAGAAUCAGCCUCCGGUCCCAGGACCCAGACUGGGAAAACAGCUGCUGGAAGGACUGGGAAGGCUGGGAAAGCCGUAAAGAGUGGGAAUACUGUGAAGUCGGCUAGAUUUGGGAAAACAGAGAAUGCCUGGAGUGUUGUUGUGAAGAAUCGUGUUCCCAGAGCAGCAACCUCCCGAGCUGAGAGGAUCUGGCCAGGGGGAGUCAUACCUUACAUCAUAGGAGGAAACUUCACUGGCAGUCAAAGAGCGAUGUUCAAGCAGGCGAUGCGUCACUGGGAGAAACUGACCUGCGUGACCUUCAUAGAGAAGACUGAAGAAGAGAGUUACAUCGUCUUCACUUACAGACCCUGUCAGGAGUAUAACUUCUUGAAGAUGGAACCAGGAGAGGUGAACUCGCUGGGGGAGCCUUACGACUUCGACAGCAUCAUGCAUUAUGCUAGGAACACCUUCUCACGAGGUAUGUUUCUAGACACCAUCCUCCCAUCUAGAGAUGAGAGUGGGAUCCGUCCUGCCAUUGGACAGAGGACCAGACUCAGUAAAGGAGACAUCUCUCAGGCCAGGAAGCUCUACAGAUGCCCAGCGUGCGGGGAGACCCUACAGGAGUCGACAGGUAACUUCUCGUCGCCCGGUUACCCCAACGGUUAUCCCUCGUACACACACUGUGUCUGGAGGGUCUCUGUCACCCCGGGAGAGAAGAUUGUUCUAAACUUUACCACUAUGGACCUGUAUAAGAGCUCUCUCUGUUGGUAUGACUACAUAGAAGUUAGAGAUGGAUACUGGAGGAAGGCCCCACUGCUAGGUAGGUUCUGUGGGGAUCAGGUUCCUGAGGGUCUGGUGUCGUCAGAGAGUCGGAUGUGGAUUGAGUUCCGAAGCAGCAGUAACUGGGUGGGGAAGGGAUUUACAGCUGUUUAUGAAGCUGUCUGUGGAGGAGAGAUCUUGAAGGAUCAGGGCCAGAUUCAGUCCCCUAACUAUCCUGAUGACUACCGUCCAUCUAAAGACUGUGUUUGGAGGAUCACCGUCUCAGAGGGGUACAACGUAGGACUCAGCUUCCAGGCCUUUGAGAUUGAGAGACAUGACAGCUGUGCCUACGACUACCUGGAGGUGCGUGACGGCCCGGCUGAAUCCAGCCCUCUGAUUGGUCGAUUCUGCGGGUACGACAGACCAGAGGACAUCCGCUCCACCUCACACACCCUCUGGAUGAAGUUCGUCUCCGACGGAACCGUCAACAAGGCCGGCUUCGCUGCCAACUUCUUCAAAGAGGAGGAUGAGUGUUCUAAGCCAGAUAACGGAGGCUGUGAACAGAGGUGUGUCAAUACGCUGGGCAGCUUCAAGUGUGCCUGCGACCCCGGGUACGAGCUGGCCCUGGACAAGAAGAGCUGCGGAGCUGCGUGUGGAGGUCUUCUGUCUAAGCUGAACGGAACCAUCUCCACUCCCGGCUGGCCCAAGGAGUACCCCCCUAAUAAGAACUGUGUGUGGCAGGUAGUUGCUCCAACCCAGUACAGAAUAUCAAUGCAGUUUGAAUCCUUCGAGCUGGAGGGCAACGAGGUGUGUAAGUAUGACUUUGUGGAGGUGCGUAGCGGCCUGUCGUCAGACAGUAAGCUGCACGGAAAAUACUGCGGUACAGAGGUUCCCGAGGUCAUCACAUCUCAGUACAACAACAUGAGAAUAGAGUUCAAGUCUGACAACACCGUGUCCAAGAAGGGCUUCAAGGCUCACUUCUUCUCUGAUAAGGAUGAAUGCAGUAAGGAUAAUGGUGGCUGCCAACAUGACUGUAUAAACACGGUGGGGUCGUACGUAUGCCAGUGUCGACACGGAUUCACACUACAUGAGAACAAACAUGACUGUAAAGAAGCUGAGUGUAAGCAUAAGGUCCACAGCCCCACCGGGACCAUGAACAGCCCCAACUGGCCUGAUAAAUAUCCCAGUAGGAAGGAAUGUACCUGGGACAUCACCACUACACCUGGACACAGAGUCAGACUGUCAUUUAAUGAAUUUGAGAUCGAGCAGCAUCAGGAGUGUGCCUAUGAUCACCUGGAGGCCUUUGACGGGGAGGGUGACUCAGCGGCCAUCUUGGGUCGGCUGUGUGGCAGUAAGAUUCCGGAACCGCUGGUCUCCACGGGUAACAAGAUGUACCUGCGUUUCAUCUCUGACGCCUCGGUUCAGAGGAAAGGAUUCCAGGCCACACACUCCACUGAGUGUGGAGGGAGGUUGAAGGCAGAGACUCGUCAGAAGAACCUCUACUCACACUCCCAGUUUGGAGAUAACAACUACCCUGGCCAUACGGACUGUGAGUGGUUGGUGACGUCAGAGGAGGGUUACGGAAUAGAGUUGACCUUUACGACCUUCGAGGUGGAGGAGGAGGCGGACUGUGGUUAUGACUACAUAGAGCUGUACGAUGGUUAUGACUCUAACUCACACAGACUGGGACGGUUCUGUGGUUCUGGGCCCAGAGAGGAGAUCUACUCUGCGGGUGACGCGGUGUUGAUCCGUUUCCAUAGCGACGACACCAUCAGUAAGAAGGGGUUCCACAUCCGCUACACCAGCACCCAGUUCCAGCAGAACCUUCACACCAGGAAGUGAUGUCACAACACCCAGAUCCCUAGCCUCACUGUGCCGACAAGACAACCACAGGCCCCUUUCCUCCUCUGACUGACAGGCGCCAAACACACACACACACACACACACACACACACACACACACACACACACACACACACACACUGUUUUGAGGGGAGGAGUGAGUGUGGGUGAGAACCAGAGGAGAGAGGGGGAGGACUGAUCAGUCCAUCUCUUAACAGGGGAGCUUCUAGAACUCUGAGGACGACAUGUGAAGAGAGACUGGAUCACAGCUUCACACUGUAACAGGAUUAAUGGAACUGCUUUAACAACGGGAACUGGAUUAAAUACUGAAACUGGAUUAAAUACUGAAACUGCUUUAACAACGGGAACUGGAUUAAAUACUGAAACUGGAUUAAAAACUGAAACUGGAUUAAAUACUGAAACUGGAUUAAAUACUGAAACUGCUUUAACAACGGGAACUGGAUUAAAUAAUGAAACUGGAUUAAAUACUGAAACUGGAUUAAAUACUGAAACUGGAUUAAAUACUGAAACUGGAUUAAAUACUGAAACUGGAUUAAAUACGGAAACUGGAUUAAAUUCUGAAACUGGAGUGUGAACAGGAACUGGAUUUAAUACUGGAACUGGAGUGACUAACUAACUGACUGGCUGUUUGGCUGGCUGAGUCGCUGACUAUUUGACUGAGUGACUGGCUGACUAUUUUACUGGCUAACUGACUGACUGUCUGAUUGGCUGGUUGACUGAUUGACUGGCUGACUGACUGUCUGAUUGGCUGGUUGACUGAUUGACUGGCUGACUGACUGUCUGAUUGACUGGCUGACUGUCUGAUUGGCUGGUUGACUGAUUGACUGGCUGACUGACUGUCUGACUGGCUGACUGAUUCACUGAUGGACUGGCUGACUGACUGAUUGGCUGACUGAUUCACUGAUGGACUGGCUGACUGACUGUCUGAUUGGCUGGUUGACUGAUUGACUGGCUGACUGACUGUCUGAUUGACUGUCUGACUGACUGUCUGAUUGACUGGCUGACUGUCUGAUUGGCUGGUUGACUGAUUGACUGGCUGACUGACUGUCUGAUUGGCUGGUUGACUGAUUGACUGGCUGAUUGGCUGGCUGAUUGACUGGCUGACUGUCUGAUUGGCUGGUUGACUGAUUGACUGGCUGACUGACUGUCUGAUUGACUGUCUGACUGACUGUCUGAUUGGCUGGCUGACUGAUUCACUGAUGGACUGGCUGACUGACUGAUUGGCUGACUGAUUCACUGAUGGACUGGCUGACUGAUUGACUGGCUGACUGAUGGACUGGCUGACUGACUGAUUAGCUGACUGAUUCACUGAUGGACUGGCUGACUGAUUGACUGGCUGACUGAUUCACUGAUGGACUGGCUGACUGACUGAUUAGCUGACUGAUUCACUGAUGGACUGGCUGACUGACUGAUUAGCUGACUGAUUCACUGAUGGACUGGCUGACUGACUGAUUAGCUGACUGAUUCACUGAUGGACUGGCUGACUGACUGAUUGGCUGACUGAUUCACUGAUGGACUGGCUGACUGACUGAUUGGCUGACUGAUUCACUGAUGGACUGGCUGACUGACUGUCUGAUUGGCUGGUUGACUGAUUGACUGGCUGACUGACUGGCUGAUUGGCUGGUUGACUGAUUGACUGUCUGACUGACUGUCUGAUUGGCUGUUUGACAGGUUGACUGACUGAUUGGCUAACUGAUUCACUGAUGGACUGGCUGACUGACUGAUUGGCUGACUGACUGAGAGAAGCAUGAGGUAACGCUGAGGCAACAUUAUACAAAAUGAGAGACAACAUCCUGAUAACUUUCUGACAACUUCCUGUUCAGACAAUGUUCAGACAACGUUUCAGACAAACCUCAUACAAACCGAGAGACGACGUUCAGACAACGUCCAGACAAUUUACGGUGCUGACAACGUUCUGACCGUUUUUGAGGUUUGACAAAGUCAUGACAAUGUUCUGUUUAGAAAACGUUCUGACAACGUUCUGACAAACUUUAUACAAACUGAGAGACAAUGUCUUUCUGACAACGUUCUUCUGAAAACGUCCUGACAACGUUGGGUUUUGACAGCACUUAUAUUGCCUUAGAACCAAAUGUACGUUCUUGAGUCUCUCUAACAUUAGUUGUUGUUUGCUUGUGUGUUUGUUUUGAAUAAUUUGAUUUGACAAUGAGUUUGCAGAACUUGAAAGAUUUAUUGUUAAAUAAGACAAAAGAGGAAACUGGUCAGGUGUGUGUGUGUGUGUGUGUGUGUGUGUGUGUGUGUGUGUGUGUGUGUGUGUGUGUGUGUGUGUGUGUGUGUGUGUGUAAAGAGUCGUCUCAUGUAUUGUAUGUGCCAAGCUCCUGGUAAUCCUGUCCCUCUGUAGGAUCUGUCUAGACCUCUCUCUCCUCCAUGUUUGUAGUUCUGUUCUAUCAUAUUUCCUCCAUGUUUGUAGUUCUAAGGAACAAAAAUGUCUUCCUCUCUAUGCUGAGUCAUUAAAACUACACACAGGUAAAAGAUGA